GUUUUUCUUAAUUUAUAAGUUACGAUACAUAUACUUCAGCCCUGCUUUUUCUUAACUCUGAUUACCUGAAUAUUGCUGCUUAAAGGGAGCAAAGCUACGGAAUUGGCAUCAGCUAUUUGAAUUUGACUUGAAAUGUUUAAAAAAAAAACCAUGCAUGAGGGCGAGAAUGAGAUUAUCAAAAAUGAAAGGGAAAAAAUGAUAAAGGGUAGAUUGUAAAUGAUGUUUUUUGUCCUAAUGGCUAAUAGAGUACUUGGAAUCUUGGAUAUUCAAACUAAUCAGUGCAACAUAGAUUUCAUCGAUGCUAAUGUCUUGCGGCAGGUGGUUCCCACAAAAACCAGAUUCAGUUUGUUGGGUCAAAGUUAAAUGUUCAAAAUGUGUUUAAUCGACCAACAUUUGCCGUGUAACGAACUAGAUGCUAAAAUCAUCGUCUUUCAUCUGUGGUCUAUAGAUAAUGGGAACAAAAUCUCGUAUACAACUAGGCAUGUAGCUAAAGAUCCAAAAACACCUUCCUCACACUUUCUCUUAUAACUCCAAUACCAAUUUAGUUUGGUAAUUUGGCUACUACAAAACAAUACUGAUGCAUCUUAGAACCUUGUUGUUUCCAAUAGCUCUCAUAGACCUUCACAACAUUGUCUUUAUAAUGUUUGUCACCGUAUUCUAAUUUUUUUCCAAGAAUUCUACCAACACCCUGGUCUUGGAGCUCACACUCUUCUCAUGGCAUAGGUUUCUUCUCUAACAAAGGUUGGUUAUUUUUACAGGCCAGCAUAAAGGGACAGUUUGCCGGCAUUAAUUGUGCAUCAACAAUCUGAUACAAAGCUAUGGCAUGCACAUCGAUGGCUGUCCCUACCUCUCAGGCUGCCUCAACGGUGAAAGAUGGAUGCAAAGAAGAGAUCAUUGGCCUUCGCGGAUCACUCUCUGGCAUAAAUCUUCAUAAGAAAGUUGGCAUUCAAAGGUCUUAUUCGGAUAACCACCUUUGUUACUCUAUCAAUCGGAUACGCGCUGCAUCAACAAAACCAACCCUGAAGACUAGCCGUUCUGUUGGGAUUUUCCCGACGCUCCCGUUCCAAAUAUACAGUUCCAUAAUUCCAGACCCUAUUAGAUCAUUUUUGUUUGAUCCGGAGACAAGUAAGGAUUUGAUUAUGGUGGACAAGGAUGAGAAUAUUGAUGAGAACUCCAUGGAAAACAGUGACGAAGAGAAGGAAAUAAAGAGAGCAAAUUGGGUGAAUAGGUUGCUGGAGAUUCAAAGUCGAUGGAAAUAUAGACAACUAGAAGAGGGUGUAGAAGGAGCUGGAAUAUAUGAUGAGAAUGAAAACGAUGAUGGUGAUUUUGAUGGAGACGAAGGUGGCUGUGAAGUGAACUACAACUCUGAAGAAGAGGACGGUGAAAAUGUGAAAUAUCACCGCGAAUCUUUCUCGAAACUAUUAGUAAAGGUUCCAUGGUCUGACACCAAGCUAUUUUCCCAACUGGCCUUCUUGUGCAACGUAGCUUAUGUGAUACCAGAGACUAAGAAAGCAGAAGUGGCUAAAAUCAAAGCAAAAUUGGAUCAGGACUCUACUCGUGUACCUGUUCUUGCACCUGAAACUACCAAAUCUAUGUCAGAGAAAGUUGAGGGUUCAGAGCAGCAACGUCCAAUCCGCUUAUCUGUUGUUUAUGAGAUUGCUGCUUCAGCUGCAUGCUACGUUCAGUCACAGGCAAAGGGCCUUUUGUCCCCUGGCUCUGAGUCACAUGAGGAGGAUAGUGGCAUGGAUUCAAGUAGAUGUGAAGACCAACCAGAAAUGGAGGGGGAGGAUUUGCCCCGAGUAUAUAACUCAGAGGUGGCUGCUUACAUGGCAGCAUCGGCAAUGACCACUGUGGUUAGAGCUGGAAAGAAGGAAAAACAAGAGACAGCAAAGGACCUUCAGUCACUACACUCAUCGCCUUGUGAAUGGUUUGUUUGUGAUGACUUAAACACAUACACCCGCUCAUUUGUAAUUCAGGGGUCAGAAUCUCUAGCGUCAUGGCAGGCAAACCUUUUCUUUGAGCCCACAAAAUUUGAGGGAACAGAUGUGCUUGUUCAUAGAGGAAUUUAUGAAGCUGCGAAGGGCAUAUACGAACAAUUCAUGCCAGAAAUUAUGGACCAUCUGAAGAGGCAUGGAGAUCGUGCAAAGCUUCAAUUUACUGGUCAUUCCCUUGGGGGUAGUCUUGCUCUUUUAGUUAACUUGAUGCUGUUAACUAGGAAGGUUGUAAAGCCUUCUGCUCUUCGACCAGUUGUCACCUUUGGCUCACCAUUUGUGUUCUGCGGAGGGCAAAAGAUACUAGAUGAAUUGGGGUUGGAUGAUAACCAUGUUCAUUGUGUGAUGAUGCACCGAGACAUUGUCCCUAGAGCCUUCUCCUGCAAAUAUCCAAGCCAUGUGGCUGUUCUCCUCAAGCGUUUGCCUGGUUCUCUCCGAUCUCACCCCUGUCUGCUUAAAAAUAAACUUUUGUACACUCCACUUGGCAAAUUAUUCAUUCUCCAACCUAGUGAGAAGUCAUCUCCUUCACACCCUCUAAUGCCUCCAGGAAAUGCUCUUUAUGUUUUGGACAAGACACAUUGUGGAUACUCCGUGCAAGCACUUAAGGCCUUCCUUAAUUGUCCCCAUCCAUUGGACACUCUCAGCGAUCUUACAGCCUAUGGCUCGGAAGGUACUAUUUUAAGAGAUCAUGACUCCAGCAACUACUUGAAAGCAGUUAAUGGUGUUCUAAGGCAACACAAAAAGAAUAAUGUCCUCCAAACGAGGAUGGAGAGAAGCUUAUUGUGGCCACUGCUUGUUUCACCAUCUCCACACUCGUGGAGCCAUGAUCGAACUUUAGAGAGCAGCAUGUUAUCAAAUAAAGAGAUAAUGACCAGUUUGUAACUCUGAAGCCUGCUUCUCUAUGGUUUCUCCAAAGAAACACAGAAGAUGUUAAUAACAUAUAGCAGAGUUACCCCUUUUAAUUUCGUUUUUACCAUAAUGUUGCGGCAAAACACAAAAUCUUUGGUCCAAAUCCAUCAUCUCCAACCUCCCUCCCCUAAUUUUUCAUGAUAUUGAAGAAAAAAUAAAUGAAAAAAAAAAAAGACAUUGUACAUUCACUGAACUUUCUUUUGCUCUGUCUCCAAUUUAUUCAUCAUUGACUAAGACUAUUAAGUAUUAAUAAACU